GGUGUAACUGAAAAUUGAAAUGAGUCUUGGCGCCUUAUCUACCUGCAUAACUCAACCGCCUAAAAACCUUGUCCAGAGAUCAUCAACCCACAACCGCCCUCUUACAACCCCUAAUCAAAAUUCAGUUGACAAGACUAAUCUCGUUUUCCGUAGGAAACAUAAUCCUAUUGAUCCAACUGUGUUAUGGACCUCCUCUAUUGCUCGUCGAUGUCGAAACGGACAUUUAUCCGAAGCAGCCACAGAAUUUGCUCGAAUGAGGAUUGCUGGUAUUGAGCCGAAUCAUAUUACGUUUACAACUCUCCUAUCCGCUUGUGCGGACUUUCCGUCAGACAAAACCCUCUACUUUGGAGCUUCAAUCCAUUCCCAUCUUUAUAAAUUAGGCAUGAUUGAAGAUAAUGUUAUGUUGGGUACUGCCAUUGUGGAUAUGUAUUCAAAAUGUAAGCAUGUCGAUCUCGCUCGUAUGGUGUUUGAUGAUAUGACUGUAAAGAAUUCUGUUUCUUGGAAUAGUAUGAUUGAUGGGUAUAUGAGAAAUGGAGAUGUUGAAGAUGCUAUACAGCUGUUUGGUGAAAUGCCUUAUAGAGAUAAGAUUUCUUGGACUGCAUUGAUAGGAGGGUUUGUUAAAAGAGGUCAUUUCGAGGAAGCUCUUUCGUGGUUCAGAGAAAUGCAGAUUUCUGGAGUUGAACCAGAUUAUGUCACUAUUAUUGCUAUCCUUACUGCGUGUGCUAAUAUGGGUGUGCUUGGUCUAGGAAUCUGGAUACACCGAUUUGCUUUACAGAGAAAUUUGACUAACGAAGUUAGAGUUAGGAAUUCACUGAUUGAUAUGUAUGCAAGAUGUGGGUGUAUAGAUUUUGCUUAUCAGGAAUUCAGUAAAAUGGAGAAGCGAAGCCGGGUUUCUUGGAAUGCUUUAAUUGUAGGAUUUGCUAUGAAUGGGAGAGCGGAGGAUGCUCUUGAUCACUUUUCUCUUAUGCAAAAGGAGGGAUUUGAACCGGAUGGAGUUAGUUUUACGGGGGCACUUACUGCAUGUAGUCAUGCAGGAUUAGUUGACAAAGGGUUGCAGCUAUGUGAAACAAUGAAAAAGGUUCACAGAAUUUCACCUAGAAUUGAACAUUUUGGUUGCAUAGUAGACCUUCUUAGCCGUGCUGGAAGAUUGGAAGAUGCAAUGCAGGUAAUAGAAACCAUGCCGAUGAAGCCAAAUGAAGUUGUCUUGGGAUCAUUGUUAGCUGCAUGUAGGAAUCAUGCAGAUAUUAGUUUGGCGGAGAGAUUGAUGACUUUCCUUGUUGAUCUGGAUCCUGAUACUGAUUGGAAUUAUGUGCUUCUUUCUAAUAUUUACGCAGUUGUUGAAAGGUGGGAUGGCGUUGGGAAGAUUAGGAAUAAAAUGAAAUCCCUUGGUAUAAAGAAGAAACCGGGAUUUAGUGCCAUUGAAAUUGACUGCUGCUAUCACGAGUUUGUGGCUGGAGAUAAAUCUCACCCACAAACAAGAAAUAUUUAUUCAAUGCUCGAGCAACUUUCUUUAGGUUUUAGUUUAUUUGGAAAUGCUCCUACAACUUUUCUAGAAGAGUUUUCAGAUACUGAAUUUGCAAACGAUUGAAUUAGAGUGUUAUUGUUACAUUUAAAAAAAAAAUCAAUUCAUUGUUGAUUGAUCUCUUUUAUCUUAAUGUAAUUUGAGGGAAAAUGGAGCCGCCAUGAUUUGUUGUGUUGUUGUGUAAUCCUGAUACUAGUGAAAAUAGAGUUUCCGAUAUAACAUAAAUGGAAAACAUAAACCCCAUCAAGUAGAGAGGAAAUGAUAUUCACUCUUAUAGAUUCCACUGUUGAAGUUGGGUUUGCAGAAAAAGCAGAAGAACCAACUAUAUCUACACGCUGAAGGUUGUAGAUGAUCGGUAACUUUUGGGGAAUGUAGAUGCACCGCAGCUAACCAUGCCAGCAGUUGGGAAUGCAGAA